ACUAUUUCGAUGUCAUCGCCGGAACUAGCACCGGUGGCCUGGUGACUGCCAUGUUAAGCACACCGAACGAAAAGAACCGUCCUCUGUUUGCUGCUAAAGACAUAAAGGACUUUUACCUUGAACACUGCCCUAAAAUCUUCCCUCAAGACAGCGCUCUGUUUGCUCCUGCUACAAAUCUGGUGAGAUCUUUAUCAGGACCAAAAUACGAUGGAAAAUACCUGCAUGAAGUUAUCAGGGAAAAAUUAGGAGAAAAAACACUGACCCAGACUUUGACAAAUGUUGUGAUUCCGACCUUCGAUAUCAAAAACCUCCAGCCUACAAUCUUCUCCAGCUUCCAGGUGAAGAAUGACCCUUGCUUGAAUGCUUUGCUCUCCGAUAUUUGCAUUUCAACCUCCGCCUCUCCGACUUACCUUCCGGCGCACCAUUUUGAAACCGAAGAUUACAUCAACGGAAAACUGAGAGAAUUCAACCUCGUUGACGGCAGUGUUGCUGCCAAUAAUCCGUAUAGUGCUUUAAAUGCAGCUAAAUGGGGUCUUCUGGGAUGGUUGACCUCCGACCACUCCUCUCCUUUGGUAGAUGUGUUUACCCAAGCUAGCAGCGACAUGGUUGAUUUCCAUCUGGCUACUGUUUUUCAAGCCCUUGAUUCCGAGGGAAGUUAUCUUCGAAUUCAGGAUGAUACGUUAACGGGACCAUUAGCCUCUGUGGAUGUUGCUACGGAAAAGAACUUGGAGGAUCUUGUGAAAGUUGGGGAAGAACUGUUGAAGAAGCCUGUUUCCAGGGUUAAUUUGGAUUAUGGCCAUGUUGAGGGUAUCGGUAGCAAGGAAACAAAUGCAGAAGCUCUCAUAAGAAUGGCAGCCAUACUUUCCAAGGAGAAGCGCCUUCGUGACAUGAGAUCAUCACAUGGACAUGUUACUCAGAAGAAAUGAGGAAUGAAUUAGUCUCAAAUUAAUAAAUCUUGCAGCUUAUC